CUGUUCACCUUUUAGAAUAAAUCAACCUUAUUCUAAGAAGAUUAUUACACAAUAUUCGCGAGUUGGGAUUUCUCGUGUCUUCUGAAACUCCAGCUGAGCUCCAACUUUUUAACAUUACUCUCAAAAUGUGUUGUGAGGGACGCUAGCUUCUAAUCAGACUGCUUCCAAUGUGAAUGUAAAUGAACGCAUUUUGCCUUGAAAUAAGGGCUUCAAAAGUUACAAGAUGGCUUCCACUAAAGUCUCUCAUGAUGAUGACAACCUGGAUUUCAAUAAGAUAGAAGCAGAAGUACAGAAAGCAGUGGACAAUGAUGCUAAAUACUGGCGAGAGAAUGACGCAAAGAUCAGAGCUGUAGAGCAAAGAGUUGGAACAUAUGAUGAAUUUAGAGAGAUAGUUUUAGCAGCCCACCUUCAGCCGCUGGAGAAAGAGGACAAAAUCAGCAGCAUGGGAACAUUCACACAGGUUUGGAACCAGGCUGCUGAAAAGAAGACUAUAUCGACGGAAGAGAGAAAGGAAGAGGAAGGAAACUUCCGGACAGAGGGUACGUUCAAUGUUCCGAAGUCUGGACAAGAAUUUGUGCAACGCUGGAAAAGGCUUGGUAAAUCUGCCGCUGAUCAGAGGAAGUUUCUUUUCACCAUUGGUGCUACCAAAAUAUCCGAGCUCUUCAAGACAGAAAUCAGUGGAGGAUUACUCGGUGAAUUUCUCGAGUGCUUUCAAGUCUUUGCCAACGAUGAAGUUGUGUCAGUGAUAGAGAUGUUGGAAGCUUUCAUGAAGUCGCAGAGGUUUUCACUUUCCCUAGCUUUCUUAAGUCGGAAAGAGAAAGCUGCUUGUGCUGCUUUGCUUGAGACUUUGAAGGCACAUGCGACGGUAACUAGCAGUCCGGACCUCACAGAGAGGGUAGCGGGAAUAGAAAAAAACUUUUGUGGCGAGAAAUGAGGUGAAUUCGCAACGUUUAUUUCAUAAUGAACACUUUUUGAUUGAAAGACAAAGAGAGAGACAACUGAAAAUUGUUUUAUUUUUUCGUUGUGAGUUAUUUCACCUGUGCAGUGAAAAACUUUGCAAUUUGAGUGGACAUAUUUCUGUUCACGUAUUCUUUGCUUUCUAAGGAAGGAAGUUAUUCUAACAAACCAAGAUGUUAAAUUCUGUUGUGUUUUUUGUAUAUUUUUGGUUUGAAUUUAAUACAGUUUUGAAUAAAGAGAAGCACAUUGGUACAACAAUAAUGACAGUCGUUUGGUGCUGGAGGAAGCCUUAAAAAAGCCGGCAGAAGCAACAGAGGGAAAGGGAAGAAGUAGAAUCUACCAACGAUGCCUUCCAACUACCUACUGUGUAUUUUUGUAUAAGAUUAUUCUGGUACAGAAUUAGUUACUUAUGACCUUCCCAAGAUUGUAAGUAUCAUGCAUUCUCACUAUGUAUUAUCCUUCUUUAUGC